AUAAACAGAAGAAGAAAAAGAAGGAAGAAGAAGAACUUCUUGUUGACGUGUAGGUUGGAAAGUGUAGCUUUAGCAUGUAUCAAAGUGUACUCUUUUGUUAUUAAUUAUUCAAAAAUGAAUUGGUUCGGUUUAUUGCAAAGGUUUUUAACAAAACGCUACUCAAGAUAAACUGGAGAAACUGCAAAGGUGUGGUGAAAUAAGGACGUCUGUGAUAAACUAUGGGGAAGAAGAAGAUGCUGGAUCUGUAUAGAGCCCCAUUUCCACUGUACACUGUCAAAGUGGAUGCCACUACAGGGCUUGUGAUAACAGCUGGAGGAGGGGGUCCCUCAAAGACAGGAAUAAAAAAUGCUGUACAUUUCCUGGAUGUGCAGAUGGUUGGAAAAAAUCAGUACAGCUCCAGUCUUCUUCACUCUCAUGAUACGGACACACGCGCCACUAUAAACAUGGCUGUUGGUGAUGGUGUGAUUGCUGCUGGACAGGAUGGCACAUGCAGCCUCAUGAAGUUUAAACUCUGCCAGCAGAAAGAAGAAAAUGCUACGCAUAGAGAUGGUAACACCCUUGAACUUAGCAAUGCCAGACGGAGAUGUGGGAAAGCUGGCAAAGGUAAUCUCGAGAACCGUUCUACUACUGGAGACAUGUCUGAUACAAGGAAUGAGACGGUUCAGAUCACAGUGACCAAUAUAGCUGAAGUGCUGUCAGACCUAAACCCACAUGACCCUCUUCAGAAAGUUGUUAGGUUCAGUCCUGACAUGAACCUUCUGCUGACCGGAGGCACCGAUGGAUACAUCAGAAUUUGGGAGUUUCCAUCCCUUGAGAAAAAGUUUGACUUUAAAGCACAUGAAAAGGAGAUUGAAGACUUGGAUAUGAGUACAAUAAGCAAGGUGAACUGUCAAUUGCUCUUAAUAUUCAUUACUCCGAAUGUAAUGAAUGAUCAAAAUAAAUGUUUCCUUUUGCAGCAACUUGUGACUGUGGGGCGAGACUUUGUCUGCAAUGUGUGGAGUGACAACCAACUGGUCACAAGUCUGAACUGGCUUGAAACCAUGCCUCAAAUUGCUGAAAAGACCUAUCGAUAUAUGGCCUGCAGGUUUGGAAAUGGUGAAGAUGAGAAAGAUGCCAUAAGGCUUUACACAGUGCAAAUCCCUCAUAAACGAGACAAAAAACCUCCUCCGUGCUAUAUUACCAAGUGGGACGGCAAGAUCUUACUGCCAAUGUUAACAUCUCCCUGUGGUACUGAAGUUAUCUCCUGUCUGGCUGUGAGUGACUCUGGGAGGUUUCUUGGUCUUGGAACAGUAACUGGAUCAGUAGCAGUUCAUAUUGCUUUUUCUCUACAGAAGCUGUACUAUGUUCAUGAGUCACAUGGCAUUGUUGUGACAGAUGUAGUCUUUCUGCCCAACUUGAUGAAAGGCCAAAAUAUCAAAGGGAACAACAAAGCAGCAUUGCUGAGUGUAGCUGUGGAUAGUCGAUGUCAAGUACAUACUGUCACCAAAGAAAGGCCUAUCCCUCCCUGGCUUUUCUUCUGUGGGCUCGUCGUCGUGGGAGUGCUCUUAAUUUUGCAGUACCUUUUUCCAGUGUUGCUCUAAAUGAUGCAUAAACCUCUGACAAAUUGUCAGCAUUAGCAACUACUGGUUUAACAGUUUUCAAUAUGGAUCAAACCCAAACAACUGUAUAUUAAGUAAAUUGUUUGUUCUGUGAAUACGGUUCAGAUUCACUUUACUCUUUGAGAAACAGGCUUUAUGAAUGGGUUCAUGAAAAUGUAGAAUUUGUACAAAAUGUAAAGGAAUUAUUUUCACAUCUUUGUAGGAACACACACACAAUAACCACUAUUCGAAUGUUUUCCAUUAUUGUAGAGAUUUUGAGAGGAGAAAUAUCUUUAUUAGAUGGGCCAACUUAGAAAUUAAGUAAUAACUUUAAGGUUUAGUUGUAAAUAUACUGUGUCUUCGAAUAAUUAGUAUGUACCGAAAAUAGCAGAUUUGAAUUAAGUUGAUGUGACCACAGACAGUUUUAUUAAAAACAUUAUUGAUUGUAUCAAACACAUAUGUUGAUAUACAAUCAUAUGUGUUUCAGUAAUCCCCAUAUUGGUGUUUUAUUUAAAAAAAUUUUUUUAAAGAUUAAAUAAAAGAAUCAGAGGCACAAAAUUAUUUCUAUAUAAUUCUUCUUCCAAUCCUCCUGAUUCUUGUAAUAUUUUUCACAUCUUCAGUAAUUCGUUUGAUUCACAAGAGAUUUGUGGACAAUGUUGACCACAAGAUGGGGAAAAUGAAAGGGACAAGACCUAGAAACCUGGACUGAUCAGUGGUUGGGAAAUUGUAUUCAAACAUAUGUUGACUUUUCUCAACAUACAGUAGCUUCUUUUUUACGAUUAGCCUGAUUUAAAAAGCAUUUUUUUCAAAAUUCAAAACUCAAAAAUACUUUAUUAAUCCCAAAGGGAAAUUAAAUGUUGUUGUAGCUCAUUAAUUUAGAUUCUUUCUACAAAGUUAUUGAAGAUGGUGAUCGCUGUUGGCAGGAAAGAUCUUCUGCAACGCUCUGUACUGCACUGAAUCUGAAGAACAGGACCAGAACUGAACCAGCCUUCUUUAUCAGGCUGUUGAGCCCAAUUAAGAUGGCUGAACCACAAUGUUUAGAAUUUAAUUGAGUGGUAGACCUGUGACACCAAACCUCUCUGUAAUAUGGGAAUGCCUUUCAUGCAAAUAUGUGUUUUCUGUAAGAAUAUUACCUCUGAUUUCAGUUUAUUCAUAUGAGAACACUGUUGCGUAGAAAAAGCUUCUGCAAUUGUAACGAGGCUCAGAUGUUUUCACUAAACAUUUUCUGUUCAGUUUUUAUUGAACAAAAAACAGCAAAAGUUGAAUAACAGCAACAGCCGUUUGUAUCCUAAUUUCCUGUUUGAAUUAUGAUGCGUUUGGUUUGAAGCGAAAAUUUCUUAGCUCCUCAGCGCAAAGGCAGCGGAUAAAACACCAAACAAGACAGGUUAUAAAGAAGAUAACCUCAUAAAAUGUAUCUUAUUAGCAGCUCGCUUAAUAAAGACAAAAGGAAUAUU